CACAGCACCUUCACCUCCCAGCACCACAACUACCCUUGUUGAAGAAUCUACUACCGCCGACAGCAGCCCGGGCUCAACUGUAACAACACACUUCCCUGACAGCUCCACAACCUCAGGCCAUAGUAAGGAAUCAACAGCAUCCCACAGCAGCGCAGACACAAUGGAAACCACAUUCUUACCUACCCGCUCCACGGUCUCAGCUCUUGUUGGAGAAUCUACAACCUCACCCAUCAGUUCAGGCUCAGUGGAAACAACAAUAUUACCCGACAGUACCACAACACCAGGCCUCAGUGAGAAAUCGACCACUUUCCACAGUAGUCCCAGGUCACCAGACACAACACUCUCACCUGGCAGCACGACAAGGUCAGGUGUCAGUGAAGAAUCCACCACCUCCCUCAGCCGACCAGGGUCAAUGUACACAACAGCGUUCCCUGACAGCAGCACCCUACCAGGCUUCAGUCAGGAAUCUACAACUUCCCACAGCAGCCCAGGCUCAACUGACACAAUGUCCCCUGGCAGUACCACAGCAUCAUCUCUUGGUCAAGAAUCCAAAACCUUCCAUAGCAGCCCAGGCUUCACUCACACCACACUCUUCCCUGACAACACCACAACCUCAGGCCUCGUUGAAGCAUCUACGCCCGUCCACAGCAGGACUGGCUCACCACACACAACACUGUCCCCUGUCAGCUCUACAACCCGUCAGGGAGAAGCUACCACCUUGCCGAGCAGGUCAAGCUCAAAUAACACUACGCCUGCACCUCCUACUACCACAUCAGCCUUUGUUGAUGUAUCUACAUCCUACCAUAGGAGCCCGAGCUCAACUCCAACAACCCUCUUUUCUGUGAGCUCCACAAGCUUGGGCCGUAGUGAGGAAUCAACAAUAGUCCACAGCAGCCCAGAUGCAACUGGAACAACACCCUCACCCUCCCACUCCACAACCUCAGGUCGUGGAGAAUCUACAAUCUCACCCAUCAGUCCAGGCGCAGCUGAAAUAACAAUGUUACCUGGCAGUACCACAACAACAGGCCUCAGUGAGACAUCUACCACCUUCCACAGUAGCCCCAGAUCACCGACCACAACACUCUCACCUGCCAGCAUGACAAGCCUAGGCGUCAGUGAAGAAUCCACCACCUCCCAUAGCCAACUGGGCUCAACUCACUCAACAGUGUCUCCGGCCAGCACCACCAUGCCAGGUCUCAGUGAGGAAUCUACCACCAUCUACAGCAGCCCAGGCUCAACUGAAACCACAGCGUUUUCUCACAGCACCACAACCUCCAUUCAUGGUGAACAAUCUACAGCUUUCCUUGGCAGCCCACGCUUCACCGAAAUAGUGUUACCUGCCACCCUCACAACCACAGACCUCGGUGAGGAAUCAACAGCCUUCCAUAGCAGCUCAGUCGCAACUGGAACAACACCCUUACCUCCCCACUCCACAACCUCAGCUCUCGUUGAAGAAUCUACAACUUUCUACAUGAGCCCAUCGACUACUUACACAACCCUCUUUCCUGCCAGUUCCAGCACAUCAGGCCUCACUGUGGAAUCUACCACCUUCCACACCAGUCCAAGCUUCCCUUUUACAAUUGCGUCUACUGAAAGCCUGCAAACCUUAGUGCCAGGGUCAUGCCAGGAAGGACAAAUCUGGAAUGGAAAACAAUGCGUCUGUCCCCAAGGCUACGUUGGUUACCAGUGCUUGUCCCCUCUGGAAUCCUUCCCUGUAGAAACCCCGGAAAAACUCAAUGCCACUUUAGGUAUGACAGUGAAAGUGACUUACAGAAAUUUCACAGAACAGAUGAAUGACUCAUCCUCCCAGGAAUACCAGAACUUCACUAACCUCUUCAAGAAUCGGAUGGAUGUCGUUUUGACGGGCGACGAUCUUCCACAGUAUAGAGGGGUGAACAUUCGGAGAUUGCUCAACGGUAGCAUCGUGGUCAAGAAUGAUGUCAUCCUGGAGGCAGACUACACUUUAGAGUAUGAAGAACUGUUUGAAAACCUGGUAGAGAUUGUAAAGGCCAAGAUUAUGAAUGAAACCAAAACAGUUCAUGAUCCUGAUUUCUGCAGAGAGGCCAUACUGUGCUAUAGUGAAGAGGACACUUUCGUGGAUUCAUCGGUGACACUGGGCUUUGACUUCCAGGAGCAAUGCACCCAGAAGGCUGCCAAAGAAUAUGCCCAAUUCUACUAUGCGGAUGUCUUGGAUGGGAAGCUGGCCUGUGUGAACAAGUGCACCAAAGGAACGAAGUCCCAAAUGAACUGUAAUCUGGGCGUGUGUCAGCUGCAACGCAGUGGCCCCCGCUGCCUGUGCCCAAAUACGGAUACACACUGGUACUGGGGAGAGACCUGUGAAUGGAACAUCGCCAAGAGCCUCGUGUAUGGCAUCGUGGGGGCUGUGGUGGCGGUGCUGCUGCUCUCAUUGAUCAUCCUGGUCAUCUUAUUCAGCCUAUCCCAGAGAAAACUGCACAGGCAACAGUAUGAUAUGCCUCAAGAGUGGCGAAACGAAGGCACCCCUGGCACUUUCCAGAAGACGGCCAUCUGGGAAGACCAGAAUCUGAGGGAGAGCAGAUUCGGCCUCGAGAACGCCUACAACAACUUCCGGCCCACCCUGGAGACUGUUGACUCAGGCACGGAGCUCCACAUCCAGAGGCCGGAGAUGGUAGCAUCUGCUGUGUGAGCCAGUGGGGGCCUCCCACCCUCAUCUAUCUCUGGACAGGAGAGCGGCAAACACAGAGCCCACCACAGACUGCAGUCCCCCAGGGUUGGUCAAGAGGAGACUGAGGUCGGGCCCUGAAGCUGGUCCUGAUCUGAGCUGACAGACUUGGCCAGUCCCGGGCCUGUGCUCCUGCUGGGGGCUAUGAGGCCUUCCAACCAGGAGCCCCCAGACUCCCAGAAGCCUCAGCACCCCUGUCUCCUCCUGGGUGACUCCCCACUCUGGAAUUUCCCUACCAAUAAAAGCAAAUCUUAAAGCUCA